AUGUGGUUGGAACUGGAUGAGUACCUGGAGCGGCAUGAACCGGUGAAGCUGGAUCCGGAUCAGGUACUAAGACAUGGGUUUGUGGCUGCUGAAUGGGCUAUACCAGAUCUGGACAUAGAUGACACGGGCUGGAAUGUGGACCCAGCGAAACAGAAGUGGAUGGAGUAUCAAGGGGAUCGGGCUAUGAGGUUGGCAGAGACACAGCAACAGGAUGGCAAAGUGAAGCCAUCUUCGGCAGGGUCUAAAGGAAAGUGAGGAGAUAGAGCGAGGAAGGAUAAACCUGAUCAUGGGAAACAGAAAGUCUUCACCAGUAACCAAGAUCGGAGUUUAUCAGCUUCUGCUUAGUAAUGAUGUUAGAUUAGAUUUAAUAAAUUGUUGCUAUUCGUCUGAGAUGACGAGAAACAUUAUUUCAUUUCAUGCAUUGUUCAGACAAGGUUUUACAUAUUCUUUUAAU